AUGUCUCUCAAUGGGCUAGAGAAUCCCGUCAUCGUCGAAGCCUACCAGAGUGCACUGGCCGACGCCGGCGGAUGGUUCCUGUUACACUAUAUCUCUAGGGAUAAGGUCGAUCUCCUUCAUCGAGGUACCGGCGGGGUCCCCGAGGUACGCAAUGCCAUCGACAACUACGAGGAAACGUCACCGCUAUACGGUUUCCUGCAUUACCGGCGGAGGAAGGUGAUUCUGCGGUACAUGCCCGAGGGCUUGUCACGGUUGAUUCAAGCCCGCAGCAAUGUUCAAUUUCAAUCCGUUACCGAUAAGUUCACGCCAAACGACACCGUCCUCCUUUUGACCCAGGCGUCGGAUCUCAACGAGAGUUCCUUGUCAUCAGCAUGCCUUCUUCACACUGCUUCUGGGUCUAUCACUUCUUCGUCAAGCUCCCUGCGUCGCCGUCGACUGAUGGAGAUCACCGAGGAUGCCGACGAGAAUGGAUUAAAGGAAGAGACAAAAGAAUACCCAGUGGCACCUCCAAGGUCCGAGGCCCGUCAAAGAUCGGGCAGUCAAAAAUCAGAGGCUACAGUGGUGCCACCCACAGCCACAUCUCCGCCGCCGCCGCCAACAUCCCCCCCUACAACGACAACGUCUCCUGGCCCUGAAACAUCGUCACCCGAUUUACGGCCCCCACCGUCCCGAGCGAGUUCAAGAUCACACUCCCGUGGAAGAAGCCCCAGUGAAACACAAUCGGUGACCACGUCCCCCAGAUCACCCGAUUCUGGUUCGGAAUAUACAAAGUAUCGCAACAUUCUGGAUGAGUUUCCUCGGCCAUCGGAGGAAGCACGAAUGUCAACCCAGUCCGCAAGACCCUCGCUCAGGGAAUUGGAACGGGCAGCGGGCUACUCUCCAAAGGUCAAGUUAGGUCCACGUCCGUCUGUUGAUCAAAGUGGACGGCCUCGUACUGCGGGGAGUUCGCGGAACCCAGAUCAACGGCCCGUCGCAUCCUUACCAUCCAACAUGCGCUCAUCUUCGGUCCGGAAAUCGAACAACGCCGCCCCCGACCCCCCUCGUCCACGCUCCCAAGGAAGUUCAUUCGCAAGUAGACCCAACAGCCGAGCUCCACCAAUUCCUCCCCUGCUUGUUCCUCCGCCUUCGAUUCCUAUCUCCAGGCCCCAACUAUCCCCCGGCGCCAAGUCUUUGGGUGCAUUGUCAACAUCGUCUGGAUUGACUCCCGAGAAGGAACGUUUGAUGAAGGCGCUGCAACAGAGAAAGAAAAACAUGGCGAAGCGGGCAGAGAACAAGAAGAAACAAAAUAUACCAGAAGUAGAGGAGCAGCCCAAAGCGGAGGAACUGGCUGCCAAAACCUACGAGGGCAAUAAAGAAAACGUCAAUCCGCAGUUUCAGCAGGCCGAGCCGGAGAAGCCAGAGGUUAAACAGCAGCCUGUCACAGAGAAAGUGCCAUCUGCGGAUCAGUCUCUAUCGCUAGCAGCCAAGCCAAGCCUCGAGAGUUCUGUUGAAACCCAAGCAGAACCGCAAUUGCCAGCUACUGAGCCCGUCACUGAGUCCGUCACUGAGCCCGCCUCGGCUCUAGUUCUGCCUGCCACGGAGGAAGAGCCAUCUGUGGACCAGUCUCUACCGCUUGCAGCUAAGCCAAGUCUCGAGGGUCCUGUGGAAACCCAAGCAGAACCGCAAGUACCAGCUGUUGAGCCCGUCCCUGAGCCCUCUUCGGCUCCAGAAUUACCAGUUCAGGAAGAGGCUCCUAUCGAUCAAGAGGAAUCUCUGACUUCAGUCCGUGAACUAGUCAUUAAAGAAGAGGAGGUUAUUAAGCCCGAGGAGCCUACCCAUCCUGAGGAACCUAGCAAGCCCGACGAGCCUUCCCAAUCCGAAGAGCCCGCUGUGGAAACUCCUGCCCCAGAAUCCUCCACUUCUGUACCCGAAUCAGAUUCCGAGGGCGAACCCUCAUCACAUACUUCGGAGCCUAGUGCCGAUACCACAUUCUCUACUAUGCAUAUUGAUUCGGUUUUUGAAGAUGCCCAAUCCGAGACUCCACAGACGGUCCUUGAUCAUGAAACAGGCGCCGAUCAAGAAGACUCCGCAAUCCUUGGCCAAAACGAGACUAAGGGUGACCUAGUCCCACCUAGCGUCUCUGCCGAAUCUCCACUUGACAGGGAGUCGGCCGAAGUUUCAGACCCGAAGCCUGAACCAGGAGCCGCUCCUUUCCAACAACCCCAAGUUUCACUGGCGGCAGAUCAGCAGUUAGAGGAGGCUGAAGCCGUCGAAGCUACCCUACCGGAGGCCACUGAACCAGUUACCCUGCCUGCCAUAUCAUUCUCCACAAGCCCGUUACAAAACCCCGUGGCUGAACCAUUGGAGGCCUCGGUCGCGCCCGUCUCGGUGUCGAUUGAAGCUGCCCCCGAAGAGUCCCCUAGCCCCAAGACGGAGCCGCUUCCUCUAGACCAAAGGCGAAAUAUUCACCUGGAGCCCAUCCACGUCCCAACCCACGAAUUCUCUGACGACGACAAUCUCCUGUCGGACGAUUCUUUCAUGGAAGAGCUCCGAUCGGCUACCGUGCAGGAGGCCAGACCAGUUUCGGUCAAGUCGCCCAACGGUGGUGAGAACUCCUGGAGAGGCUCCCGCGCUGUAUCCAGCCCACACGGCCUUGCUUCUCCUUCCGCUCUACAGGCACUACAAGUGGGCAGGUCCGCAUCUAGCUCCUAUCCUGAGAACGGCCCUCCGACCCCGGUGAUGAUGGCCAAGAAAAUCAACGUAUCUUCCGGCAUUUCGUCUCGUAUCAAGGCACUGGAGAAGUUCUCUAGCCGUGAAGGCGCUCCAGCUGGUUCAACAGUCACUGUGACGGCCCCUUCAGCCUCGCCGUCUUUCGAGAACUUGCGCAAGCGUGCAUCGAUCUCUAUCCCUAGUGGCAGCACUCCGGACUUUUCUCGCGCACCAAGCCUGAGCCGCCAGGAUUCGCGUUCUGCCUCCACUAGUACCCGCCGCACCAACUCAAUCUCAGUGACGGCUCGUAUAGUCCGCGACUCAGAUUUAUCUCCCGGCUCUUCUGGACUGGAGCCUUCGGAGUCCGAUGUUCUCAAUCUCCAGGCCAGUCCACUGACUGUGGAGCAUGAGACCUCGGAGCCCCCUCUAUCUCAAGACACGAGCUCCGAGACUGCUAUCAAUCGCCCGGAGGACCGCAGCAUGUCGAUUUCAUCUGCUGGGUCCGGCCGACUUGCUACCCCAAAUUCCCGUCCAGGCAGUCGACUUUCCUUGUCUUCGCGCUCUAGGACCGAGGAGAACUUGAACUCUUCCUCACCUGUUGAUGAAAAGAAGGGCUCUCGCGCCUCGCGCCUCAUGCGUCGCGUCUCCUCCAUCACCUCAAACUCUCGUCGUAGCAUCAUCGGAGCCUUGUCCCCGCCAGUGAAGGAGGAAGACAUUGACCCUAUCUCUGUACACGAGUCUGCUAUUUCCCCCUCGCCAUCCCAUGGCCAUCUCUCCAACCCUAUCGAAAUUGGUGAAGUCAACGUGCAAUUCCCCGAUACCCUCCUUUGGAAGCGCCGAGUAAUGCGCAUCGACGAGAACGGAUUCCUUGUUCUGGCGCCUGGCACUACUGAUGCCACUGCUCGCAACAUGACCAAGCGAUACCAUCUUAGCGAGUUCCGAACUCCCUGUCUUCCUGACGAGGACAUGCAAGAGCUGCCUAACAGCAUUUUGCUGGACUUUUUGGAUGGCAGCACCCUUCAGUGCGCCUGCGAAUCGCGACAGGGACAAUCGUCUGCACUUCAGAGUAAGUCAAUCUUAAUCACUACGCCUAAUUCGUUUUAUAUUUGCUAA